AUGAUCCAUGCGUACCCAAAUAUCGGCAUGGAGCAAGGAUUCCCGUUUGGCUUGUCUGAUGUGUUUUCACUGCUCAUCUUUGAGAGGCGCCAGAUAGGUACCUACUACUAUACCCUCAAAUCCAAUACAUUCUCGCCUUUGCAAGCACUUGCAACAUUCAAAAUGGUUGUCAGAGAAAUUACCAGCGCCUCCAAUAUGGGCCGUGGUGCCUACGACACGACUGGAGUGCCCAAGCCUCCUCCUCGCCCCAAGCCUCGAUAA